GUGUCUCCACUGCUCCAGAACAAGAUGGACAACAAAGCUAUGUACCUGCACACCGUGGGUGACCGUGACAACGGCUCCAUCUUUGAGGAGCCCUUUGACGGCAGGAGCCUGUCCAAGCUGAACCUGUGCGAGGACGGUCCAUGUCACAAACGGCGAGCAGGUGGCUGCUGCAUACAGCUGGGCUCCCUGUCAGCGCUGAAGCACGCGGUUCUGGGGCUCUACCUUCUGGUCUUCCUGAUUCUUGUGGGCAUCUUCAUCUUAGCAGUGUCCCGGCCUCGAAGCUCCCCAGAUGACUUGAAGGCACUGACUAGGAAUGUCAACCGGCUGAACGAGAGCUUCCGGGACAUGCAGCUACGGCUGCUGCAGGCUCCACUGCAAACAGACUUGACAGAACAGGUGUGGAAGGUUCACGAUGCGCUGCAGAACCAGACAGACUCACUGUUGGCCCUGGCAGGCUUGGUGCAGCGGCUGGAGGGCACACUGUGGGGGCUGCAUGCUCAGGCGGCACAGACUGAGCAGGCGGUGGCUCUGCUGCGUGACCGAACAGGACAGCAGAGCGACUCCGCACAGCUGGAGCUCUACCAGCUGCAGGUGGAAAGCAACCGGAGCCAGCUGCUGCUGCAGAGGCACGCAGGCCUGCUGAACGGGCUGGCACGUAGGGUGGGCGUCCUGGGCGAGGAGCUGGCGGAUGUGGGUGGAGCACUUCGUGGCCUCAACCACAGCCUGUCCUAUGACGUGGCUCUACACAGCACGUGGCUACAGGACCUACAGGUGAUGGUAAGCAACGCCAGCGCGGACACUCGCCGCAUGAGCCUAGCGCACAUGAGCAUGGAGAUGCAACUCAAGCAGGAGUUGGCCAUACUCAACGUGGUGACCGAGGACCUGCGUCUCAAAGACUGGGAACACUCUAUCGCCUUGAGGAACAUCACCCUUGCCAAAGGGCCACCAGGACCCAAAGGUGACCAAGGAAAUGAAGGGAAAGAUGGAAAGCCAGGUUCUCCUGGACUUCCUGGACUUCGAGGUCUGCCAGGAGAGAGAGGUACCCCAGGAUUGCCUGGUCCCAAGGGUGAUGAUGGGAAGCUAGGGGCCACAGGCCCCAUGGGCAUGCGUGGAUUCAAAGGUGAGCGAGGCCCGAAAGGAGAGAAAGGAGAGAGAGGAGAGAGAGCUGGUGAUACGGACUUCACACUGAUUCGCCUGGUGAAUGGCUCUGGCCCACACGAGGGCCGAGUGGAGGUGUUCCAUGAACGUCGCUGGGGCACAGUGUGUGAUGACGGCUGGGACAGGAAGGAUGGGGACGUGGUUUGCCGCAUGCUGGGCUUCCAUGGGGUUGAAGAGGUGUACCGGACAGCUCGUUUUGGCCAAGGCACAGGGAGGAUUUGGAUGGAUGACGUGAACUGCAAGGGUACCGAGAGCUCCAUCUUCCACUGCCAGUUCUCCAAGUGGGGAGUGACAAACUGUGGGCAUGCUGAGGACGCUGGGGUGACUUGUACUACACUCUGAGAGUGGGCACAGCCCAAGGCCAGGGCACUGCCGCUGAGCCACAUUCCUGUGUCUCUGCGGUAGGGGGAUCGCUUGGAGCUACCUAACCAUGGCUUGUGCCUGGUCCAACACCACCCAACCCUUGCUGCCAGUUGGCCCUCCUCUGGUUCAAGGUGACCUGUUGUCACUCUCCACUCAGAAUACUACUCCAAAGUGUUCAGUGUGACCUACAUUCUCUUUCCCUUCCACCAAGGUUUCUACAUGGGGUGCCCUUAGCAGUUGAACCAGCAAUGCGCUCAGCUACCUGGAGACCAUCCAUGGGGCCUGGGGAUCCAAGUUCCCUUUGGUCUCUUGGUUA